UCGUUCGAAGCAAGACACGUUAAUUGUCAUUAAUUGCGUUAUGCCGUUUACCGUGUUUAUACAACAAAGAUAUUUUUUAGUAAUUGCAGAGAUUUUCAGCGUUGUGCUGUGAAUUUAUUUGAACUCCAAUUUCUUCAAUUUUGCGAAAGAUUCAAGGCACACAUCGAUAUCCCGCUUUUAGAAAUUUUAUAACGAGAAACAUGUCGAAAAUAUCAAAGAUACCUGGCGACGUAACUCCUUUGAAGAAGGAAAGUCAAGGUUACAUCGAAGAUUUAAGCAAGAUGCAGAAGUUUCAAUUGGAGGAGCUUUUAAAAAGGCAGAAAAAAAUUCUUGCUAAUAAGAAAUUUAUCUCUCAGCUUCCUGAUAAAGGAGAGAAAAUAAUAAACUUCCAUGAUAAAAUACUGAAAGAACUUGAGCACAGAAAUGAGAUGGAAGAGGUGGCCAAUUUGCUAUCGCGGUUUAAUAUAGCGUCUGAAGGCAAAGCUGCUAUGAGCAAAUUGGAAUGGACAGGAAAGUGUCAUAAAGAUGAUGACAAUGAUACAAUCAAGAUUGUCGAGCUGGACAGCGACGACGAUGAAGAUCCAUUGAAGAUAUUAGCACAGCCUACAGGGACUGGUGUUCACAAUAAAAAGAUUAUACAUGUGGUGCGCGAAGAAAGUCUUAUCAAGCCAGAAGACAUAGCAGAGAUUAAAACUUUCAAGGCAAAUCCUUUAGAUGUAGAACAUGUGAAAUAUAUUGUCAAUAAAGUGGAGACACAGGAAACGAGUAAAAAGGAGCCAUUUAAGCCGUACAAAACAACCAAGAGCAAUGUACAUGAUCCAAUGAAGGAGAAACAGAGGAAGCUACAUAAACAUUGGGAGGUCACGGCAGCUACACCACCUCUCAUAGUUCACGAAUCAGCCAAAGUUAUGAGUUUAAACGAAUCUCUAAGAUUGCAGAAGAGACAAGCUGAAAAAUUACAAGAAAUUCGAGCAAAACAUGCAUUGGAACGUCUAACUGAUCAAAUAGGACAAUACGGUAUUGAUCCUACACCACGAAAUAUCAGUAAUUGCCGUUCACAGUAUGCGAACGAUACACUUUCCUCAUCUUCCUCCUCUGAAGAUGAAGAACAUAAUGAAGUUCACGACGACGAAGAUAAUGAUAGAGGUGGAACAGUUGUAUUUACCGUGGAUUCUAUAGAAAGCUAAUGAAGACUUACAUUAUACUGUGCACAUAAACAAAAAAUUAUUAGCUCUAAAAAUAUUUAUUUUUGCUUUAAUAAAAUUAUCUUUAUUAGGA